GGGCACCGGCCGGGUAGGUCCGCGCGGGGCGGUAACCGCUGCGGCAGAGCCGGGUCUUUUCCCCGGCCUGAGGGGAGCCAAGCAGGCGCGGGGGGAUUUUCCUGCAGGUGAAAGUCUGAGGAGUGUUAUGACUUCAAAGGUCUUUUUUGUCUGUUGCCCAUUGGGCCACAAAAAGAUAUGGCUGCAGAAGCUAAGUACAGCAUUGUAAGGGAAGUGGGCCGAGGGAGCUAUGGGGUAGUUUACGAGGCAGUUGUCAGGCAAACCAGAAACAAAGUGGCAGUGAAAAGGAUGCAUUGUAAUGUACCUGAAAAUGUGGAACUGGCUUUGCAAGAGUUCUGGGCCCUGCAAAGUGUCCAGAGCCAACAUGAGAAUGUGAUCCAGUUAGAAGAGUGUGUCUUGCAGAGUGGUCAAGUCUUUCAGCCAAUCAGCCGCCAGUACAGGAAAUCCGACAGUCAUCUGCUGCUGAUUGAGACCUGUCUGAAAGGGCGGAGAUGCAUGGACCCCAAGUCUGCCUGUUUUGUGUGGUUUGUUAUGGAGUUCUGUGAUGGUGGAAACAUGAAUGAUUUUUUGCUGUCUCGCACUCCAGAUUCACAGCUGAAUAAUAGCUUCAUGCAGCAGCUGAGCAGUGCUGUUGCUUUCUUGCACAGAAAUCAGAUUGUGCACAGAGACCUGAAGUCGGAUAAUAUUCUUAUUUCCCAUAGCCCUGGAGGUCCUUUAGUAAAGGUAGCAGACUUUGGCUUGAGUAAGAUAUGCCAGGGGAAAGUGAAUGUGAACCAGCAUUGUUUCUCAUCAGCCUGUGGGUCAAACUUCUACAUGGCACCAGAAGUGUGGGAAGGUCGCUAUACUGCCAAAGCUGAUAUCUUUGCCCUCGGGAUCAUUUUCUGGGCUAUGGUAGAGAGGAUUACCUUCAGGGAUGGAGACUCUGAGAAGGAAUUGCUGGGAACCUACAUCUGUCAAGGCAAGCAGCUUAUUCCUGUUGGGGAGGCGCUGCUGGAGAAUCCCAACAUGGAACUGCAAAUUCCUCUGAAGAACAAGAAGUCCAUGCCAGACGAUCUUUGCAGACUCCUGCAUGACAUGUUAACUUUUAACCCAAAGGAAAGACUGGAUGCCUUCCAACUAGAAAUUCGAAUCAGGAGAAUCUCUUAUGGCAAAAAGCGCCAACGCUCAUAGCAGCAUGGGGUGAUCAGCUAUUGAAACUGUGCUGUCUGUCUCUCCAGUACCAUCUGUUCUGGGAACAGGCAAAGUCUGCUAGUCUUGUGGAACCAUCAUAGUUGAGGAAGAGUCAAACUUUGGAAUGUAGACCACAAUUAAGAUUGCACCAGGCAAUAAAACCACUUUGAGGCACUUUAAAUGUUUGUAUGGCAGAGGGUUGGCUACUCACUGCAACUCUUGCUUGUUUUGUCAUACUUUGGUGAUGACUCUAUGUUGACACAGCCUCUAUGCUAGAAAUACUUAUUUGUAUGUGUGCACUUUUGUUACCUCAGACUGUGUAUUUUAAAUUUAAUAAAAGGUUUUAUACAGA